UACACAUCCACCGAGGAUCAUCACACAUAUUACAUUACAUAAAAUAAUUUAUAUUUAAAAAUUAAAACAAUGAAAUCGAUCAUCGUACUCUCCGCCCUUGUGGCCUUAACCUAUGCCGCCCCCCAGUUCAAUCAAUACCAGACCCAGCCGCAGUAUCAGGUCAUUCCCAUAAUCAGACAGAACCAAGAAAUCAACCCUGAUGGUUCCUAUCAGUGGAGUUAUGAGACUGGCAACGGUAUCAACGCCCAAGAACAGGGAUAUCUCAAGAACGCCGGCAUCAAAGACGCUGAAGCGCAAGUUGCUCAGGGCUCCUACAGCUACACUGGUCCCGAGGGUAUCCCGAUCACCGUGACAUACAUCGCUGAUGAGAACGGUUUCCGUGCUGAGGGCGCGCAUCUUCCUACUCCUCCACCCAUCCCUGAAGCCAUCGCCCGCGCGCUUAAGUACAUCGCAGCCAACCCCCAAACCCAGCAACAACAAAACCAGUACCAACAAGGGUUCCGCGGCUAGUUCUUACACUAACACCCAACGACAUUUGCGAACUUCAGAUUGAUAUAAUAACCGAAUCAUGUUAGACAUGUGGAAAACGAUCGACUCAAUGAUGCUUAGUUAUAAGUAUAAUCCUACUGUGAUUUAU